AUGACAGAUCCAAACCCGCUACUCUACCUAACCGGGUCGCCCGACCCCAAUAACCCACCUCCCACGCCCUCCAAACACCUCCACACCGCGACAAAUUCCCUAGACGCCACCAUCGAGCACUGCAUGGGCGACUUCGCUUGGGCUCAGCUCCUUCAGGCCACCCUCAUCUCCCUCGCCUGGUUUUUCGACGCCCAGCAGACCUUCAUCAGCGUCUUCACCGACGCCGACCCCAAGUGGACCUGCAACAACUCCUCCUCCACCUGUGCCGACCUCUGCCGCCUCCCACCUGGCAGCUGGUCCUGGGACCUCCCGCCUUCAUCCUCCAUCAUCUCCGAGUGGUCCCUGCAGUGCUCCGGGCCUAUCCUCACCGGCCUUCCCGCCUCCGCUUUCUUCCUCGGCUGCCUCGUCGGCGGCUUCGCCAUGGCGGCCCUGGCUGACUCCUCCCUCGGCCGCAAAAACGCGCUCGCCCUCUCCUCCUUAAUCAUGUCCCUCGCCGGCGCGGCCGCCGCCUUCUCCCCCAACGUGUGGGUCUACGCGGCCCUCCGCCUCGUGAGCGGCUUCGGCCGAUCCACCAUCGGGACGUCCGCCCUCGUCCUCUCCACCGAGCUCGUCGGCCGGCGGUGGCGAGAGGUCGUCGGGGUUCUCGGAUUCACCUUCUUCACUCUAGGCUUUCUCUCUCUUCCGGCGAUCGCUUUCGCUCUCCGAGGCUCGUCGUGGCGGCUGCUCUACCUCUGGACGGGAGUCCCGUCGGUCGUGUACUCGGCCGUGAUCUACUUGGUGGUGCGAGAGUCGCCGCGGUGGCUCUUCAUCAGGGGCCGGCAGGAGGAGUUUGCCGAGACGCUGAGGAGCAUCUCGGGCGCCGCGAACCGGGCAACGCUGACCGGGAGCUUCUUCGACCGGUGCGCGGCGGCGGAGGAGAAAGGAUCGGCGGCGGAGGCCGGCGACGUGUUCUCGGCUUUGAGGGUGUUGGUGGGGAGGGGGUGGUCCGCGCGGCGGCUGGCGGCGGUGAUGGUAGUGGGGUUCGGGAUAGGAAUGAUUUAUUACGGGAUGCCUCUCGGUUUGGGGAACUUGUCGUUUGAUCUGUAUUUGAGUGUGACGCUGAAUGCGCUGUCCGAGUUCCCGGCGUCCCUAGUGACGCUUCUGCUGAUUAGGAGGCUGGGGAGGAGGGGUUUUGUAGUGGGGCUGGCUUUAUUGAGUGGGAUAUGCAGCGUGGGGUGCGUGGUGGUUGAGUGGAGGGUGAUGCAGGUGGGGCUUGAGCUCGUGUCGUUUUUCGGGGCGUGCACGGCUUUCGACGUCGUCCUGAUUUACACGGUGGAGCUGUUCCCGACGUGCGUGAGGAACUCGGCGGUGUCGAUGGUGAGGCAGGCGCUGGUGCUGGGUGGGGUGCUCAGCCCAGUGCUUGUGGCGGCGGGGAGAAAGAAUGGGUUGGUGUUGUCGUACGGGGUGUUCGGAGUGACGAUUGCCGCCUGCGGGCUGGCGGUGGUGCUUCUGCCGGAGACGAGGGGGAAGGUCCUUUGUGACACCAUGGAGGAGGAGGAGGAGGGACGUUGGGGGGCCCACCAGGUGUAUUGCGUUUGA